AUGCGGAGGGCUGGUGAGUUGCAGGUUCCAAGUUCUUCAGCAAGAAGAAUCCUUCCCUUUCCAAAGCUCUCGAUUCUUUUCAGACCCACUACUAAUCUUUCUGACCUUUCUGGUCCUGAUCUACGAAGCAUUCGCCCUGCCGGUCAUCUCGGACACUUCCCCAGACGAACCGAUUGUGAUCCCUCCCCGCGAACCAUUCAGUCAGAUCGUUUACGUGAAUGAUCUGCCGCCCGGACAAACUGUCACUUAUGAUUUUGUGAAAGGCGCCAGUGUAGGUCUGCUUUUGAGGAGCAAAAAACUCAAUGCUGAUAUUUUCAGGUGUAUGUGUCGUCUUCGAAAGAUGAAGGCGCCGAGCUGUACGAAGAGAAUAUUCACAUUCACGUCCCGGAUGUUGAAGGAGUUUCCCGGCAAGUGUACGGAAAGACCAUGAGACAAUGAGAAAGGGUUUUCAGAAAGAUGACAGAAGCGGGAAAGGAGGUUAACAGUGAAACUGGCGUCAAGAGGGCAGCCUUCGGUCCCACCUACAACCGCAUUUCCAUCUCGAACAGAAACACGGAAAAGGCAGAACUGAAGAACCCGGGAAUAAUUUAUUUCUUGCUCGUUUCUGAUGGAACUCAUUGUUUGUUAACAUUCCAGGGUCAAGUACCAAUCCAAUGUUUUCAGUGAGCACGGUCUACGAAAGCACCUCCGAACGCCGUAACAUUUACGUCAAAUCGGAGCACAUCGACACCCGCUACAUCACCGUUCUCAAUCCCACCGGAGCCAUCAAGAUCACUGACAUUCAUCGAAUUGACGGAGUAAAGGCAGUACUUUUGAUCCCGCUUACUUUCCAUUUUUCAGUUGACCACUCUCACAGUGACUGCCGGAGGAGUGGAAGAGACCGAGAACUUGAACUACACUAUUCAUAACAUCGGGUGGGCUCAUUUAUCAGUUUGAGAUGAACUCGUUAUUCUUUCAGAAAGGACGACUCGCAAAGUAAAGCUCCACUUGUUGUAGUGGAACCAGUUGUCACUUUCCGUAAACAGUUCUCCAUCUUCCCCAGUGACUUCGAGUUCACCGUUAAGGCUGUCGACUGUAACAUAUUCCGCACUCUGGUUCCAUUGAAAUGUUAUUUCUGUCAGCUCCGACCGGAGACGUUGUCAUUCCAAUGAACUGGUCAGACUGGUCGGUCGGAAUGUCGUCGAACUACAUGCUAAGGAACGAGACGAACUCUUUCAAGUACAUCUUCAAUGCUUCCCUGGAGAACUCUCAGUUCGAUGUGCAGGUGUGAUUUUGCUUCUUCGAGCGAAACUCAGACAAACAGUUCAGAUGUUUGGUGAGCUGGACGCCAGCAGUUCCCUCAGUCUCUCUUACGAUGGAUACGAUGGCGCCGGAACGGAAAUCCUUUCGAAAAGACAUCUGGAGAGACUUGACAAGAACACGAAAGGACAGACUUUGACUGUCGAAUACAAGCGAGGGGAAACGGAUACGACGAAGGGAGUGCUCGUCAGAGUGCACUGUUCACGUGAGUACGGAGUGACAUUCUAAAGGGAAGGACCCAUUUCAGAAUACUCUUCGCUCCCUCUGAUCUACACAGUCUUCUCAGCGGUCGGACUACGUUACCUGUUUCUCUAA